GAGGCGGCGCCCGCGGGCCCGGCGCGGGGGCGGGGUGGCCGCGGGGGCCGGCGGCGGGGCGGCUCCUUCUUUGGCCAUGAGCGAGGUGCCGGCAUUCGGCCGCCGCCGCCGCCUGCGGGACGCGGGGAGGGAGCGGCCGCAGCGAGGUUCCGCCGGCGGCAGCGGCGGGUGGGAUGGCCCAGGCCAGGAUCAGCGCCAAGGCCAGCGAGGGGGCGCAGCAGCAGCCGCAGCAGCAGCAGCAGUCGGGCGGGCAGCUCCGCGGCCGCUUCUACCGCUCCACCUCCAUGGCCGACCGCUCCAGCCGCCUGCUCGAGAACCUGGACCAGCUGGAGCUCAGGGUAGAGGCUUUCCGUGAUGCAGCAUCUGCUAUGGAGCAAGAGAAAGAAAUUCUGCUUGAAAUGAUCCACAAUAUACAGAACAGCCAGGAUAUGAGGCACAUCAGUGAAGGUGAGAGAGAAGAACUUAAUUUGACUGCUAAUCGCCUGAUGGGCCGAACCCUCACUGUGGAGGUUUCCGUAGAAACCAUCCGCAACGCGCAGCAGCAGGAAUCCCUACUGCACGCCACCAAGAUGAUUGAUGAGAUCGUGAAUAAACUCCUCGAUGAUUUGGAAGACGCCAAAAUGCGCUUAAUGUCACUUUAUGGUGCGUGCACGUCCGACGUGCCAGCAGGACCCAUCGAUCAGAAAUUUCAGUCUGUGGUCAUCGGAUGUGCCAUUGAAGAUCAGAAGAAAAUCAAAAGGCGCCUAGAGACUCUGCUGAGAAACUUGGAAAAUUCUGAAAAGUCCAUCACAUUGUUGGAGCAUCAGAAAUCAUCUGUUCGGCAGUCUUGCAACAGCAAACAGGAUUAACCUAUCCUCCUGGCUACUUCUGGCAAACCACAGGAUGAGCAAGUGCCCAUAAAAAGCACACAGAAGCCAAGAAUUCUCUGUACGAGCACACACAUAUGUACACAUCCACAUGCACCAAAGUAUCUUUGAUUGCCAGGUGCAAGCAUUUAAUGGGUUUUGGUAGCAUUGGCAUUUUCUUUCGGCAAUAAGGAAUGCUAUCAGUUCUUCUGUAGAGUCAAUACUGCUCUAUUGCAAAUUGUAAUUGUGCUUCUGCUGAACUGACAGAAACUGAAAAUCUAGCCUUUCCUCCAUUUUCCUGGGAUUUUUAAACUAAAGUUGUUUUGUCCUAUCAUGAGAUUUCAGUUUUUCUCUGCUGUAUACAUGGUGUGUGUGAACCAGACUUUUGGGGACAAAAGACAAAUCAUGGCAAUAAAUCAAAACAAUUAAUAAA